AUGACGACGCGCGCGCGCGCGGUGACGAUCCCGGGCGACGACGGCGACGCGAUCGAGGUGGGCGCGGAGACGACGUUCGAGGCGGUGAUCGGGAUCGAGACCCACGUGCAGUUGAACUCGAGGACGAAGGCGUUUUGUCGAUGCGCGUACGCGUACGGCGCCGAGCCGAACACGCGCGUGUGUCCGACGUGCAUGGGACAUCCUGGGACGUUGCCGGUGCUGAAUAAAGUGGUCGUGCAGAAGGGGAUCGCGAUCGGGACGGCGCUGAACGCGAAGAUACGGCGGUCGAGUAAGUUUGAUCGUAAACAGUACUUUUACCCGGAUCUGCCAAAGGGGUAUCAGAUAUCGCAGUUCGACGAGCCGCUGUGUUACGAUGGGUCGAUCGAGGUGGUUUUGCCGGUGGAGGACGGUGGGGGGACGAGACGGGUCGGGAUCACGCGGGCCCAUCUCGAGGAGGACGCUGGGAAGCUCACGCACGCGAAAGGGGAGGAUGGGAAGAGGUACUCGUACGCGGAUUAUAACCGCGCGGGCGUGGCGCUAUUAGAGAUCGUCACAGAGCCGGAUCUGCGCACGGGGCGCGAGGUCGCGGCGUACGGGGCCGAACUGAGGCGCAUCGUGCGAUUUUUGGACGCGUGCGACGGUGACAUGUCUCGGGGUUCGAUGAGAAACGACGUCAACGUGAGCAUACGGCCCGUCGGACGCAAGAUGUUCGGGACCAAGGUGGAGGUGAAGAACAUGAACUCGUUCAACGCCAUGGCGCGCGCGAUUGAUUAUGAAAUCGAACGCCAGGAGGCGCUCAUUCGUGCCGGGAAGGCUGACGAGAUCGUUCAAGAGACGCGCACGUGGGAUGAGGCGGCGCAGAAGACGGUUGCGAUGCGUAAGAAGGAGGGCUUGGCGGACUAUAGGUACUUUCCCGAACCCGAUCUCCCUCGAUUGACGCUCUCGGAGAAAUUCAUUCAAGAUGUGGUGUCCACCAUGCCUGAGCUUCCGGCCGCGGUGCGUGCUCGGUACUCCGAUCUCGGGCUCCCCCAGGCGGAUGUGCAGGUUCUCGUGGAGGACAAGGAGCUCGUCGCCUACUUCGACGCGGCGAUGAACUCGCCAUCGAAGCCGUCGGCGAAGCAAAUCGCCAACUGGCUUACGGGUGAUAUCAUGGCGCACAUGAAGAACGCCAAGUUGGACAUCAAAUCGCUCCCGCUGGGCCCCGAGGCGCUCGGUGAAUUUUGCGGACUCAUCGACUCGGGCGAAAUCAGUGGGAAAAUCGGCAAGGACAUCCUCCCGGAGCUCUUAGAGACGGGCGGUAGCGCCAAAGCAUUGGUGAAAGAACGAGGUCUGUCUCAAAUCUCCGACCCUGCCGAGAUCGAGGCCUUGAUCGACGGGGUCCUCGAAGCCAACGGCUCGCAGCUCGAGCAGUAUCGAUCCGGAAAGACCAAACUCAAAGGUUUCUUCGUCGGUGCCUGUCUCAAGGCGAGCGGUGGCCGCGCGAAUCCAACCCUGGUGGAUAAAAUAUUACAGGCCAAGCUCGACGGCGUCCCGGUACCGCCGUGA